AUGACUGCUAGUCAAAACAAUGCUCUUUUUAAUAGUGAUUUACAAACAUUUAUAGUUACUAAAUAUGAUCCACUCUUAACUAUUGUAAAAGAAUUAAAUGAUAAACUACAAAAUUCAGAAAAAGAUAGAUUUCGUUUAGAAAGGCGAAUAAUAAGAUUAGAAAAACAAAUGUUACUAUUACUAGAAAAAUUAGAAGUUAGUGAUAUAAUUGAUAAUGAAUUAAGAGAAAAAAAAGAAGAAAAAAAAAUACACCAAACAAUUGAACAUGAUGAUAAUUUAUUAGCUCCAUGGUUAUUUUCAUGCCAAUUAGGAACUCCAUUAUCUUCUUUACAAGUAUUGUUAGAAUUUUCUGUAAAAGAUACAAUGGAAUUAAAUGUAAAAUUAUGGAAAAGAGAGGAAGAUAUGUGGAUAAAUUUUUUAGAAGAUUUACCAUCAAAUUCUAAAAAUUUUUUACCAGAUACAUUAAAAUUAAUAGAUUUAAGAAGAGCAGCAAGAAAAUGCUUACUAAAUUUAUGUACAAAUGAAAUUUUAAUAGUUUUAAGAAAUGUUCCUGGAAAAUCACAAGCAGUUUAUAAUACUACAACUAUGACUUUAGUAGCUAUUUUAGCAUCUGCAUUUUAUGAAGCAUGGAAAAGAAUAGAAUUAACUGAUCCAGUUUCAUUAGGAAGAAUAGUUCUUGUAUUAGAUGGAGAAAAUGUUGGUUCGAGAUUAAGAGCUGGAAAUAAAAAAUUAAAAAUUGAGCCAUUAAAUUAA